UAUAUAUUAUUUUUCCUUCCUUCAGGGUCUCCCUCGUUUUAAAACUAAAUCCCAAUUCCUCUCUCUCUCUGCUACUGAGAACGUAGAGCAGAUAUUCUUCUCUUCUGUGUGUGUGUUUCUUUUUGGGUCAAAAAACGAGCUCCAAAACUGUACGGACAUGGAGAGGUUAGUAGGACCGCACGGCCAUCUCUCGGUGGAGGAGGUCUUCAGGGAUUUCAAGGCCCGCAGAGCCGGCUUGAUCAAAGCGCUCACUGAUGAUGUUGAAGAUUUCUUUCAGCAGUGCGAUCCAGAGAAGGAGAAUCUUUGCCUUUAUGGGUUACCUGAUGAAAAAUGGGAAGUUAAUCUACCUGCUGAAGAAGUUCCUCCGGAACUCCCCGAACCCGCAUUGGGCAUCAACUUCGCAAGAGAUGGGAUGGAAGAAAAUGACUGGUUGGCUCUUGUUGCUGUGCACAGUGACGCAUGGUUGCUUUCGGUAGCUUACUAUUUUGGAGCUAGAUUUGGUUUUCGGCAAGCUGACAGGAAACGUCUCUUCUCUAUGAUAAAUGAUCUGCCAACUGUAUAUGAGGUAGUCUCAGGCACUGACAAGAUACAAUCCAAGGAGAAGUCAUCAGUUUCAAAUCACAGUAGCAACAAAUCUAAGUCGGGCUCUAAAGGGCAGCGAGUUUCCGAGUUGGAAAAUAAUUUAAAAGCGAUGCCAAAGGAUGAAGAGGAAGCUUUAGAUGAGGAAGAUUAUGAGGAACAUGGAGAUACCUUGUGUGGUGCAUGUGGGAAGAACUAUGCUGCUGAUGAGUUCUGGAUUUGUUGCGACAUAUGUGAGAAGUGGUUUCAUGGGAAGUGUGUGAAGAUCACUCCCGCCAGAGCUCAGCACAUUAAGCAGUACAAGUGCCCUUCAUGCAGCAACAAGAGAGCACGUGUUUGAUAUCACAAGCAAGGCGGGUUAGUCCUAGCGAUCGUAUUCGUGUCAUGCCCGCUCCAGCUAACUGUUUAGUCGCUCCAUAUUGAGCCCAUGUUGGCUCGGCAUUUGCACUCAACACUUUCUUAAGAAACUCUUUUCGUUUGUAGUGUUUAGGCUCUGAACAUGUGUUGCAUAGGAUUGUAAUUUGGUAAGUAUCUCUUGCAUUGUUAUAGCAUUUGUUCUCUUCAAUGAGAAAGGCACUGAUUAUCGUCAUCCCAUUUAUAUUUACGUUUUUGAGUUCAUCGCAAACAUGUUAUGAUCUGUUUUGGGAGAGAGAAGGGAACGGUUUUGACU